AUGGCAAGCUCCAGCUCAAGGUCAAGCUCCAGGUCCAGGUCUAGAUCCAACACCAAAAGCCAGACUACAAUCAAGAUCAACAAUCCCCACAUUGGUAACCUUGUGUUUGACAGUGAAAGCCUUCCUUCAUCUGUUUGGGAAGGCGACUGCUACAGGGACUUGGCUAUGGAGAUUGGGAAUGAUUAUACUGAAGAGGGUCAUGUACCUCCGGGUGUGGUCUUGACAGGGAUUAUUGAUGAGUAUGCUGACGCUGAUCCGGAGCCCAAUUUUCUUGGGGUUGUUAAGGAAUGUGUGAUGGAAAUGAUGGGGAAGGGGAUGCAGCCCAAUGCCAAGACUUAUACGGCCGUUCUUGAGGCGUAUGCAGGGCAUGCGAAGAUGGAGGAGGGCAAGGAGUUUUUGGAGGAGAUGAAAGCUAAUGGGUUUGUGGCUGACAAGAUGGCAAUGAGGGCUAUGAGACGUGCUCUUAGGGGUAAACGACCUCUGGUUAAAAUCAUCAUCAACAUUCUCUUUGAUAACUCCGAAGACUAUUCAGGUGACUCAGAAGAAGAUGAUGAAGAUAUAAAGAAGUCAGACAAUUUGAUGGAACGUUUUAACAUCCCUCGCUAUGUUGGCAACAAACGUGUCAUUGAAGACGACCCAGAAAACCCCAAAGAUUUGGAAUGUGUCUACGACAUGAUGUGCAGGAUGGAACCCAUCGUCCACACUAUCACCAGGAUGGUAAACAUGCUAAAGAAAGAUGGAUUCAUGUCCCAAGCCCAUGAGAUCAGGUCUGAGUUUGACUUGGGGGGUGAUAUACCUCAAGUUGUGACUCAUACAGGCGUCAUGGAGAUCUAUGCCAAGAGUGAUCGAGCCAAGGAGGCUCAUAAGGUUUUUCGGCCCCUUUUAUCCCUCGGAGUUGUCCCAAAUGCAUACACUUAUAGUAUUAUCAUCAAGGCACUUGCUAAAGACUCUGAUUUCCUUGAAGAUGCUAAGACAUGCUGGAGAUGA